AUGGAAAUGUACCCUGUCCAGCCAGUUCCCAAGUACUCCGAUCCAAAAGCAUACAGACCAAUCUCUCUCCUCAGCUGUAUAGGCAAAACCAUGGAGAGAAUAAUCCUCACACAACAAAAUCCCAGAACUCCACAAAAGAUCUUCACCUUCAGAAAAAAUGCAGGUACUUCUGAUAACAUGGCUUCCUUCAGAUCCAUCCUUGACCACGGUACUGCCACACUCGUCCUUCUGGACCUCGAAAAGGCCUUUGAACUUGCAGACCUAGUGAUCAUCACAUCAAUUCUUGCUGACAAAGGUAUCAAAGGAAAACUGCUUGCAUGGACCUCUGAUUUCCUCACCAAGAUCACCAUUCCCGAUCCUUAG